CGAAGGGGAACGCACGUGCGAUGGUUUGCAGAUAACAGUGUCAUUAUUUACCGUGUUUUUUUGUCUUUUUUUUUUUUUUUACUCCCAGUGUCCACUUAAGCUUUUUGAGAUAAGCCGGGUAGAAGAAACUUUGGAUCGAUGCUGCAGUUAGCAAGAAGAUAUUAUGUCAGUUGGAAGUGAAAACUAUCAACUUGUCUGGAGCGAGGACCCAGGACCUGAGGCCUCCAGGGGGCCACUCAUGGGGGGCCGCUGGGGUUGCUCUUCUCCCCUGAGCAUGCUGCGGCGGGUGGCCCCCAUCAUCAUUUUGGCUUCACUCCUCGUCUGUCUGUUCCUCUACUACACUUCACCUCUGGGAGCGACAACUCUGUAUGCACCAUCAGCAGCAUCUGAGACCACUGGACUUGAUUCCGCCACAACAGAAGUUUACCGCAAACGCCUUCGUUUUCGAGGAACCCAGCGGAGGCUGCCCCAAGCCCUGAUCAUUGGAGUGCGGAAAUGCGGAACACGGGCCCUACUGGAGAUGCUCAAUUUGCACCCAUACAUCCAAAAGAAUGGAGCCGAGAUGCACUUCUUCGACGAUGACGAGCGCUACGCCAAUGGCAUUGAAUGGUACCGGAAAAAGAUGCCAUACUCUUUUGAUAAUCAAAUCACAAUGGAGAAGACCCCAUCCUACUUCAUCUCCCGUGAAGCGCCGGCAAGAAUCCACGCCAUGAACACCUCGACCCGGCUCCUGCUCAUCGUCAGGGAACCAGCUGACCGUGUGCUCUCAGAUUACACCCAGAUUAUGGAGUCUAAACUGAGGAAGGGGAUCCAGAUCGCGCCGUUCCAUGAGAAGAUUCUGACGCCGGACGGGGAGAUUGACGAGACGUACAAGGCCAUCAAAAUAAGUCAGUAUGCAAUACAUGUGUUGCGGUGGCUGAACGUUUUUCCUAGAGAUCAGAUACACAUCGUUGAUGGCGAUAAACUAAUAGCCGAUCCUUUUUCGGAGAUAGACAAGGUACAACGGUUCCUGAGGCUUCCUCUCCACAUCACAGCGGAGAAUUUUUACUUCAAUGAAACAAAGGGCUUUUACUGUAUGCGUAAUGAGACUUUUCAGAAGUGCUUAGCCGACUCAAAAGGGAGGAGUCAUCCCUUUGUUGAUCCGGCCCUGAUGUCUAAAUUACGCAAGUUCUUUGCUCCUUUCAAUGAGCAGUUUUAUGAAAUGGUCGGACAGAACUUCAGCUGGCCUACCUCGUAAUCUCGCUUCGUAAAAGGGAAAAAAACAGUAAAGUAAUUUGGCAAAUGUUGUUCAUAAAUACUCGAGCAGCUUCAGGUGCAUAUGUACAAUUAUAGGGUAGUUCAUUUAGUUACUUAUGAUGGUGUAAUGGUAUGGGACUGUUGAUAUAGUUUAUUUUUUAUUCAUCUGGGCAUGAAUGCUUCAAUAAUGAUGAGUGUUUGUUUUAUAUAAAGGAAAAUAUUUUCCUAACAAAUGUGUAGAUGUGUUUGCAAGACAAAAAAACAAAAAACAAACAAAAAAAAAGCUACAUUAAAGUUACAAUAUGUUGCUCUAUAGUGCUCUGAGCCUUAGAAGAUUAUUUUUAUCAUGGUAAUUAGCUCUUACAAAGAGAAGAUAGGUUUCUUUCUUGUCUUCACAGGGUUCAUAAUAUGGCUGCUGUAAAGUCUUAAGAAGACUGAAUCAUUCAGUCUGCAGAUGUCAUUGAAAGGUGAAGUUGAGAGCUUUUGGGGUAUUUCGGACAUGUUGGAAGGUUCCAAAGCUCAUUCCUAAGCUUUAAUGGUUGCUUUAUUUAUAUUUAAAUGUAAACCCUCAGGAAGCAAGCAUUUAUGAAGGUGACGGGAAUGGUCCUGAUCCUGAGAACUGAUCACUCUGAGCAAGUUCAGUCCAAGCUCAAAGAGAGGAAGAGGAAGCAAAUGAAAGAUUUAAAAAAAAAAAAAAAGGAGUAGAAACAAAAAAAAACAAGGAAGAAAGAAAGCUCUAGUCUGUUCUCAAAAUUUCCUAAUUGCCAUUUUAGCUGAGCCAAAACACGGCCCAGUUCGAGUCGUGGGAGAUGUUGUUUUUGUCACUGUUAUAGCCUUCUCUUCAGGGACAUAUGAUGAGAGUCCAUCUUGACGAAGUCCAGCAAUAAGUGGAAGGGAUGCUAAGGAGUCAGAAAAUAAAGGCUUCUGAUUUGUGACCGCAUUGAAGUCUCAAGUCAUUCUUUAAUCGGUCCUUUUGGUAGUAGGAACAAACCAAAUAAAAACAAAUAUACCUAUGAAAAAGAAGUGAAAAGAGAGAGAAAAAAAAAAACGAACAAAUCUUCGGAGCAGAUGCGAACCUCAUCAUGUGUCCAUGUACAAGUGGCACUUAGCAACGAGUCUGUCCAGUCCUGCACUUAGCGUGAGGGGGCCUUUACCACCCCUCCCGCCUCUAUUUGCACUAAUGUUGAUGUAAUGUUAGGUAUUCUUUAGCUUUGUGGUUGCCUGUUAUCAUCCAGGUGUCAUAUUUUGCUCAUUUUUGUUAAAGGGAGACCAGAUUUUCUAAUUACAAUAUGCAUGUGUGCAAUUCUGUCUUUUUUCAUCUUGUGAAUGAAUGAAUGAAUGGUUUUCUGUCACUUAUACGGAAAUUCGUUAGCACAGUAUAGGGGGAUGGUAUACACAACAGGGGAUUAUAAUACUUUUACUGUGUAAAAGACUGUUAUUAUUUUAGGCCAUAUUGUUGUUUUUAUUCGAAAAUGAUUGGGCUUCAUUGGAAAGGGAUUCAGUUUUUGAAGGCAUUAUGAAAUUAACUUUAAUUAGUAUAUCUCAUAUUUUAUCAUUAUUAUGAUUUCUUUUUCAUUGCAUGAAUCUUAGGGGAGACAUGAAUGAUAGUAAUAUUUUGUGUAUAUGUGUGCAUGUGCGUGUGCUUGUGCAAUGCAUACAUGCAUGCACAUGAACAGAAGACGUUCAGAAGCAUGUGUUUAUGAAUAUAAAUGAAUGAAUGAGCAGGCGUGAUUCUGCCUGUAUGUUAGUGGGUUUUAGGAUAUGAUAAUCAUUAAAAUAAUAUCUGUUUUAAAUGUAUUCCAUUGGGAAAAUAAACACCAAACACCAGUAUAUUUUAGAAAUAGGAAAAAUCUUUUUAAGUAAUAUUCAAGGAAGUAACUGUCUCUUUCUUUUUCAUAUAUGUAUGUGUGUGUGGCUCUUGGAUGCAGACAUUUUGUAUACAUGCAUUAAUCUGUUCACUUUAUCUCUAACAAACAAUUGCUCUUUGGAUAUGGUUAAAGAGCAUUUUGAAAGAUGUUCUUUUUUGUAUUUUUACUUACUCUAUUGGUCUCUUCUUGACAAACAUUCCAUUGACAGCAAAAUAUCAAACCAUGAAGCACAUUUGAUGUUCUCUGUAGAGAAUAUUUUUUUUCAUAUUGAAAAAAACAACAAAAAAUGUAGAAUAAAUAUUGAUGUUGCAUAUGGUAAUGGAUAUUUAAUACAUUUAACUUCAGUUUUAUGAAGGUUACUUGUUUUUUAAUAUAUUUUAUUUGGUAAUUGAAAUAUGUAAAAUAUAGGUAGUUUGCAUACUUUCAUAAUUUUUAUUUCAAUAUUACAAUUGUGGGGAAGCUUCCAAGUAAUUUUGAACAAAAAGACAUGGCAGAAUUUAACUCAAUAUCAGUCUUGAAAAGGUGUCAUGCAAAAUUCCUUUUUGCUUUUUUAAUGCAGUGUACAUCUACUGUAUUGUUGUUACUGUGUUGUUAAAAGUGGUUCCUAGGAGUGUCAAAUGAUGAUAAUGAUGAUGCAGAAUUAUUAUCUUCAAUUUGUACCUUCCACACAUGCUUAACCCCAAACAAAUCUUGGCUCGUGUGGGGUUGGAAGCACGGGAAAUUCGAUAGCACCUGGAUGACUGAUUCAUAAUUGUGGUUAGAUUUUCAGUGGUAUAUGUGUGGUUGAAUAUCUCAUGUGGUUUUAGGACUUUUUGGUGUUCUUUUUUGUAUGGCAUAUAUACUAUUACAGAUGUUUUUGCACAUCUUAGGUCUCUGGAAAUAACCAGUAUCUCUUCCUCCUCCCUAAAAAUCUGUUCACAAGUCAGUAAUAAGUCUCUAUCUUUUACUGUUGAUAAAAGGAUAUAAAAGCAAAUUAAAGAAUCACCUCAGAUGGGUGCCAAAAACUACAUUUUUGUUUUUGUAUAUAAGCUCAGGACUUGAUAUAUGUCUGCAGUAAAAAUUACCACAGGUAAUAUGUAAUAGGUUGUUUAAAAGACAUUUAAAGGAAUAUUGUAUGAAGAGCACAAUUUGGUAUAGGUGCCACAUAAUGACUGAAUCCAUUGACAUUUUUGAUGGAUUUUGUAGUUUGCAUAUGAAGUUCUUUAGACAUAAAAGCUCUUGAUUAAGAACAUACAUUGUAGCUAAGUGGAAGAAACUAUACGUUAUUAAACAUUCUUUGAUAUUUCCAGGGUCAAAUCAGGGCUCAAAUAAAUAAAUUUUGUAUUAUUGAUAGAAACCAUUUCUUUCUUCUUCUUUUUUCUUUUAUUUCAUUGGAUUGAUUUUUGCUUUAAUUCUCAUUUAUUAAAAGUAAACAGGAAGAAAUAUAAUGAAAUACUGAACCCCUCGGAUCCAGUUGUUUCACAGUAGUCACAUGGCCAAAAAGCUGGGCAUUAGGCUUAUGCUGGGUGCGUGGCUUGUGGGCCAGGUGAAUGCGAACAUUCAUGCUCCCGCUUUGUAAUAUUAUCUUCUCUUUUUAUACAUAAGCAGUUUUAGCUUUUUUGCCAUUUUACAAUGUCCAUAUUUGUCUUUGAUUUGCAAUAUCCAGAUGGUAAUAGACUGUUUUCUUUCCACAGACUCCAUAUUAUUCUCUGUAGGUAGUCUAGAACUCAGCACAAGAAAAAUAAUUUUUCUUUUCACUUUGUUAUUUGUACAUUUGAAAAAAAAAUUGGUGCCCUUUCAAUCUUGGCUCACGGAUAUUACGUUUCACACACAUUUAUCAAUAGAAAUUCAGCAAAAGCCCUUUCCUAAAUGCCGAAUGCAUCUAAUCAUGCUCCAAGAGGUUUGUGAGUCUUUCCUGUCACCCCAGCCUUCAGCCAAAAUGCUUGUGAGAGCAUGUUCACAUCACCUGUCCCUUAAGCCAAUUUUAUCCAUGAUGUGAUGGUCAGGUCAUCCAAUUCGUAGGGGUUAACAGUACAAGAGUCACAUUUAUCUACUUUAUAGAAAUUAUUUUGGAUAUACUGUUGGCUUUACUUUGCUUUUCUUCCCUGCAAGUUUAGAAAAAGAGAGAGAACCCUUAUCUAAAUUUGAGGAUUUGAUUUUCUUAAAUUUACAAUACCUCUCUCAGAUGUAAGUCAUUGUAUAGAAAAACAUACUUGCUGGUUGUAUGGGAAUGUCAAAAAGUCAUUUAUAUUAUUUUUAAGAAUCUCUUUUUUCCCCCCUGCAGCAGAUCACAGUUGGGUGAAAAUUUGUUGUACCCAUAAGAGCAAUAUGCCAGUGAAAUAUUAUUGCCUAAAAAGGCCCCGGAAUCAGUUGUUUUCUACCAUCUUUCAUACUUUGGUGAGUCAGCUUUGUACAGUGCAUGACAUCAUCUUGGGGGACGUGUCUGCAAUAGUAAGUAUUGCAACUUAUAUAUAUAUAUAUUUUUUGCAAUUAUUUUGCAACAGCUGUCUGGCAGUACCACCAUUCACUCAACAGGCAUUUGUAUUAGGGUCUUGGUAGAGAGCAAAUGUGCUAACAUACCAGAAUAAUCUUAUGGGUACAAAUGGACACAGUGAGUUCUUAAAUCCUUUUAUAUUCUCUGUAGCUAUUGGUUUGUAAAUUCUUUACCAACCACUUAGAUUUACUUGAAGAGUAAUAUAUAUCCAGCAUCUGAUUCUACUUCCCCUAUUUGAAUGUCUAAAGAACUUCACAGGCAGUUUCCUUGAAAUACAAGGUAAUGAAUUUUUGAGAGUGAGAGGCUUCUAACUAUUAUUUGUACAGGAAUUGUUCAUACAUGAAUUAAAAGUUUGUAUAAGGGUCUUUAGUUUAUGUUUAAUUUUUAUACUCCAAAAUAGGCAGUAUGGGUGACUUUGAACAGGACAUUUUAAAAAAUCCAUAUUUAGUUUAGCCUGCUGUUUAUCUAAUCAUAAAACUAAUUGACUGAUUUACAAUCGUGAGGCACCAAUAUUUAUUUCUCCAAGUCCCCUAUACAUGUGCCAAAGCUCUUUGAAAUUGGUUUAAAUCCACUGACAUGUGCUAGAGUCAGAAGCAGUGGUCCCCCUUACAUUGCAUAAUUGUAGUUAUUUCAAGUUACUGUGAACAUGUGUUACAUUUACUGAAUACUUUGAUUUUUUAUUUGCAUUUCCAGUAGCAUUUUCUUGUCAGUAUCUGUUGAAAUAGAAGGAAGAAAAAAACAAGCACUGGAAAUAUUUGGUGCCCAUCAUAAGUCUUUUCGUCUUUGUGAACAGAAACAUUAGAUUAAAUUUACAGAAUAUGAAUAGUUGAUAAUGAGUUAAGGCAUGUAGUAAAUAACUUUUUUUCCCUGGUUACCCUUUCAUUUUUUCAUUUUUUCUGAACAGUCUUUGUGUCCUGUUGUUUAACCGUCUUUUUUGUGGCACAGUUAAAGGUAUUUUCAUCUCGGACCAAAAUACAAUAAAAGAUAAAAAAUGAUAAAAAAUGAUUAUGAAAUGUGCAAUGAUAAUCCAUUGAAGACAGGAAGGACAAUUUGUCUAUUUUUAUGUCUUAGAUUUGUCUUGUAUACUGUGUAUAUGUUUUUAUAUUGAAUAAUUAUAUUUUAGUACAGAAAGUUGCAGUUACAUAUAUAUAUAUAUAUACUGUGUAUAUAUUCCUUUUUUGAGGUGAUGAUUAUGAGGGAAAAGUGGGUCCAUAUGUGCUUAAAUACAUGAAACACAUUCACAAACACACAUUAGAAGACUUCCAUUCUUGUUAUUACAAACCAGGAUAAACAAAGGCAACAUACUGGAGAAAAACAAAAAUAUCAAUAGACAGUCAUAGUCUGGGUCAUAUACUGUCACAGUUCCACAUAGGCACUCACUCACAGGCAAACACACACACACACACACACACACACACACACACACACACACACACACACACACACACACACACACACACACACACACACACACACACACACACACACACACACACACACACACACACAUACACACACACAUACACACACACACACACACACACACACACACACACACACACACACACACACACACACACACACACACACAUACACACACACACACACAUACACACACACACACACAUACACACACACACAUACACAUACACACACAUAUACACACACACACAUAUACACACACACACAUAUACACACACACACAUAUACACACACACACAUAUACACACACACACAUAUACACACACACACAUAUACACACACACACAUAUACACACACACACAUAUACACACACAUAUACACACACAUAUACACACACAUAUACACACACAUAUACACACACAUAUACACACACAUAUACACACACACACACACACACACACACACACACACACACACACACACACACACACACACACACACACACACACACACACACACACACACACUCAUCUUUCUUAUAUCUCUCAGUGUUUCAUCUCUGUCUCUUACAUAUGCACAUGUGCAAACACAGAUGCAAUAGAUGUUGUUCACAGGCAGUUUAAAAAAUCUCUCCAACUCCAUGAGUCGAGGAAACCAUAUCAUGUUCUUACUUAUCACGACUCCAGUGUUUUUGUCACUUGCUGUUCACAAUUUGUAAAUAUUCUCCUGAGAAUAUAAAAUCAUAAUAAUAACAAUCAUGAUCAUUAUAGUGAGAAUGAUGUAUAAUAAUAGUCAUUAUGCAUAAUGUUUUCUGUUUCAAUAUCAUGGUGCUUGUACAAAAUAGAAAUUGAUCAUGAAGAAUGGAUGCUGUCCUCUAUUUUUGCUGCCUAAAGUAAUAAUGUCUUUGUGUGCACAUGUACAAGAAUACUUACUUACUCUCCAUCUUGCAAUAUUCUGCAGCUAUGCAUAAAUGUUAGUCAGAUUUUUUUCUUUGCUUUUCUUCUUCGUCAUUUUAUUUAUUUCAUUUAUUUAUUGAUUGAUUUAUUUCUUUUUACAAAUCUAAUGUCAUAUGAUUUUUUUCAUGUCUUGUUGAAAUGUAAUAUGUUUCCUAAUAUGUUGAGGGAAUGCAUUAAGCUUGGUUAUUGGCAGCAUUGAAUGGCUUGUGGUAUUUAUGGUAAUA